CUCUCUUUUUCCUCACACAUGCACAGACAGACCCCCCUCUCACACAGGAGUAGAUAGAGAGCGGCGAGGAGCAGGAGCUGGGUGGCAGGAGGGGAAGCAGGAGGGCUGUUGCUGAUUGAACAAAGCCAGGGAAGGAGUGCGCAGUCCUGGGGAGAGGAGCAGCUAUGAAAUGCCUCGAAGGGAGCCUGGCAGCUACUCCUGCAGAGACCUGAAGGUGAGCUUCAGCUGAGGAUGGCAGGAGAUUCCAGAGUCCUGAUGGACCACAACAUGGAGAUAGGAGUCACGCCUGAACAGGUGAAGAAGCUUCCCAAACACUUGAGGGAGGCUCAAAUCUCGACAGAGCGCACCCAUUUGAUUUCCGACCCAGCAAAGAAGCCGCGUCAGCGAUACGUGCAGAAGGACGGCAAGUGCAAUGUCCAUCACGGAAACGUGCAAGAGACCUACCGUUACCUCAGUGACUUGUUCACAACGCUGGUGGACCUACGCUGGAGGCUUAGUCUUUUUAUUUUUACACUGGUCUACGUGGUCAACUGGCUUUUUUUUGGGUUUCUCUGGUGGCUGAUCGCGCUCAUCCGCGGCGAUCUGGUGCACGGCGACGAGGAGGGUUGGACCCCGUGCGUGGAAAACCUCAACAGUUUUGUGUCAGCCUUCCUCUUCUCCAUUGAAACUGAGACCACCAUCGGGUACGGCUAUCGUGUAAUCACAGAGAAGUGUCCUGAGGGUAUCAUCCUGCUUUUGGUGCAGGCCAUCUUGGGCUCCAUAGUCAACGCCAUGAUGGUGGGUUGCAUGUUUGUCAAGAUCUCACAGCCAAAGAACCGCGCUGAGACCCUCAUGUUCUCUCACAAAGCUGUUAUAUCGGUGCGAGACAACAAGAUGUGCCUGAUGUUUCGGGUGGGGGACCUGAGGAACUCUCACAUUGUGGAGGCGUCAAUCAGAGCAAAGCUGAUCCGCUCGCAGCAGACCAAGGAGGGAGAGUUCAUCCCACUCAACCAGACUGACAUCAACAUCGGUUUUGACACGGGAGACGACCGACUCUUCUUGGUGUCGCCGCUCAUCAUCUCGCAUGAGAUUAACGAGAAAAGCCCCUUCUGGGAGAUGUCCCUGGCGCAGAUGGAGAAGGAGGAGUUUGAGAUCGUGGUGAUCCUUGAGGGCAUGGUGGAGGCUACAGGGAUGACAUGUCAGGCUCGGAGCUCCUACCUGGACACAGAGGUGCUUUGGGGCUACCGCUUCACGCCGGUCCUCUCCUUGGAGAAGGGCUUCUACGAGGUUGACUACAACAACUUCCACGACGUCUACGAGACCAACACCCCCACCUGCAGCGCCAAGGAGUUGGCGGUGAAGCACCGGGACGGGGCGCUGUUGCCCACGCUGUCGCUCCUCAGCCCCGAGCCCAAAAUGCAUACUUUUGACACUCUGAGCCGCCUGUCCAAGCAGGAUCCGCUGGGCCAGGAAGACGAGGCGCUGGAGAGGGGUUUGGGGGGCGACAGAGGAGAGACCAACGGCUCGGCCGCCGCCCUCGAGGAUCUGCCCCUCGCCGAUGGGCUGCCUGACUGAUCGGCCACGUCGGCUGAAAGACAGAACUUAGAGAAAACGACCGUU